AUGACCAUCACGAAUGGCAACAAGCGCAUCCAGGAUGCUCCAGAACCUAUCGCAAUUAUUUCCGCAGCCUGUCGAUUACCAGGGCAUGUGAACAGCCCGCACAAGCUAUGGGAGCUCCUUCAGUCUGGCGGCACUGCCGUUUCCAACCAGGUGCCCAAAUCUCGGUUUAGCUCAGAGGGCCAUUUCGACGGGUCGGGCAGGCCUGGCACCAUGAAAGCCCUGAGCGGCAUGUUCAUCGAGGAUAUCGAUCCUGCCGCCUUCGAUGCUUCCUUUUUCAACCUCACCCGGGCUGAUGCGAUCGCCAUGGAACCCCAGCAACGUCAGCUCCUAGAAGUAGUAUACGAGUGCUUCGAGAAUGGUGGCAUACCAAUCGAGAAAGUGAGUGGGAAACAAAUAGGGUGCUAUGUUGGCAGUUUGAACGGCGAUUACCACGACAUGCAGAUGCGAGACCCCGAGCAAAGAAUGGCGGGUCAUGCGGUGGGCACAGGUCGCGCCAUACUGAGCAACAGAAUUAGCCACUUUUUCAACCUGCAAGGAUCCAGCUUCACAAUUGAUACAGCGUGCUCUAGCGGCCUUGUGGGCGUAGAUGUAGCCUGCAAGAAUCUACGCGCGGGGACAUUGACCGGAGCAGUCGUGGCAGGUGUCAAUCUGUGGCUAUCGCCAGAACACACUGAAGAAAGGGGCACCAUGCGGGCAGCGUACUCAGCUAGUGGCAAAUGCCACACCUUUGAUGCUAAAGCUGAUGGUUACUGCCGAGCCGAGGCGGUUAAUGCUGUGUACCUGAAGCGUCUAUCCGAUGCUGUAAGGGACGGCGACCCUAUCCGUGCAUUGAUUCGGGGAACAGCGAGCAAUAGUGAUGGGUGGACUCCGGGGAUCAAUAGCCCUAGUUCCGAAGCUCAAGCGGCGAUGAUUCGCGAAGCUUAUAAAGAUGCCGGUAUCGACAGGAGCGAAUACGCCGAGACGGGAUACCUCGAGUGCCAUGGCACUGGUACACCAGCGGGUGAUCCUAUUGAAGUGAAAGGCGCUGCGUCAGUGCUGGCUCAAAUGCGCCCACAAACGAUCCCCUUGAUUAUCGGAUCGGUGAAAAGCAACAUUGGACACUCGGAGCCAGGAGCGGGACUCUCGGGACUCAUCAAGGCAAUGUUGGCUGUCGAGGAGGGCAAAAUCCCCGGAAAUCCCACGUUCUUCAACCCAAAUCCCGCCAUCGACUUUGAUGACCUUCGGGUACGUGCCACACGCGUAGGCAUUCCGUGGCCCAAAGAAUCGAACCACUACAGACGUGCAAGUGUCAACUCUUUUGGCUUUGGAGGCUCCAAUGCCCAUGCCAUACUAGACAACGUGGAUCACUACCUUGCAAAAUAUUUGACCUCGCUCAAGAUAUCCAGACCUCACGUUAGCUCGUAUAUCAAUAUGUCUGACAUGCUGUCCUUGUUUGACGGCCUGCGGUCAUCCAAAACGGUCACUCAGCGUCCCCAAGUACUGGUUUUCUCGGCCAAUGAUAUGGAUUCAUUAAAACGCCAAAUAGCAACACUUUCAGCCCAUCUUCUCAAUCCUCGAGUCAAAGUCAAGCUUUCAGAUCUCAGCUAUACACUCUCGGAGCGGCGAUCUCGCCAUUUUUGCCGUGCGUUCUUGCUCAGCUACCCAACAAAGAGUGGACAUGCCAGUAAGAUCGCAGUGGACGAGGCCCAGUUUUCCAAGACACCGCAAGAGGCAACAAGAAUCGGCUUCGUGUUCACGGGCCAAGGCGCGCAGUGGUCACAAAUGGGGCUGGAGCUAGUCAGAGCGUUCCCAGAGAUAGCUAAGCCCGUCCUCGAGCAGUUGGACAGAGUGCUACAGCAAUUGCCAGUAGGCGUCAAGCCAGAGUGGUCGCUGGUGGAAGAGCUAACAGAAGCCCGAUCCUCCGAGCACCUUAGCGAGCCAGAAUUCUCCCAACCUCUGGUGACAGCGCUACAGCUGGCACAACUGGCCGUACUGGAGUCCUGGAAUGUGAGACCAGAAGCCGUGAUAGGUCACUCUUCUGGUGAGAUAGCAGCUGCGUGCAGCGCAGGACUCAUCACGCCCAGGCAGGCCAUUCUGAACGCGUACUUCCGCGGACUAGCAGGUAAAAGGGCUUUGGCAACUAGUCCGAAGGGCAUGAUGGCUGUUGGGCUGAGCGCAAAGGACGUCCAACCGUACAUCGAGGCCCUCGAUACCGCCAGAGGAGAUGUGGUAAUCGCUUGCUACAACAGCCCUGCUAGUGUCACACUCUCUGGGUCUGCCUCCACAUUAGCGGAACUGGAAGGGGCCAUCAAGGCAGCUGGACACUUUGCCCGAAUGCUGCGAGUUGAGGUGGCGUACCACUCGCAUCAUAUGACCAAGAUAGCCAACCGCUACGAACAGCUGCUUAAUGAGCACGGGGAGCUUGAAGAUGGCGGCAAAGGCAUUAUGAGCUCGAUUCAUAUGAUCUCAACUGUUACUGAGAGUGAGGUUACGGGAGCUCAAGUCGGUAAAGCUGCAUAUUGGAAAGCGAACAUGCUAUCGCCUGUCCGAUUCGAUGGGGCUUGCAACAAGAUGUUAGCAACGACGAAGCCCGCUCCCAAUUUCCUCAUAGAACUUGGACCAAGCAACACGCUGGCAGGGCCAGUCACCCAGAUUGCCAAAGCAGCCAAGGUCGACCACCUCACCUAUACUGCAGCGAAUAAGCGUGGCCAAGAGGAGAGCUGCCGCGCGAUUUUCGACGUUGCAGGCAACCUGUUCCUGCAGAAUGCUGACUUCUCGCUUGACAAGGUGAACAUCCGCGAAUCUACACCGGAUAAGGUGAAGCCCGCAGUAAUCAUCGACCUGCCCAACUAUGAGUGGAAACAUUCUACCCACUACUGGCACGAGAGUUUGGCUAGCAAAGACUGGAGGUUCAAGAAAUUCCCAGCCCAUGACUUGCUUGGUAGCAAAGUCCUUGGAACGCUGUGGCAGAGCCCUUCCUGGCACCGAAUGCUCCGUCUGUCCGAUGUGCCCUGGCUGCGGGACCACCGGAUUGGAUCAGAAAUACUCUUUCCCGCUGCUGGCUAUAUUACCAUGGCCAUGGAGGCUGUUCGCCAAACCGCUCUGUCGACUGCGUCAGACGAAGAUCGGGAUGCCCUGAAGACGAGGCGUUACCGGUACUGCCUUCGGGAUGUCCAAUUUCCUCGAGGAUUAGUGCUUGAGGAUGACGUUGAGGUCCAUAUCAUGCUAUUACUAGUACCCAUGGCAAAGCUAGGACAGGGAUGGUGGGAAUACAAAAUCACAUCCCUAGCAGAAUCGGAUUCAAUAGCAUCAUCAUCAUCGUCAACCCUGUCACCCGAGAAAUGGAACAUUAAUUCCACCGGGUUGGUUCGACUGGAGACCAAUCCGGAUGCAUCAUUUUCUCGAGCACCAGAGGGCAUCUGCAGCCUGCCUUUGGAUAACCCGACGCCUGGCCAGCUGUGGUACAAGUCUCUCAGAGACGCCGGAUACCUCUAUGGUCCCGACUUCCAGAAACUGGUAGCAGUCGAGGGCACGGAGGGGAAGUCAAGCUCGCGCUCUCUUAUCUCUUUGGAGCCGCCCCGAUCCAAGUGGGAGCCGCAGUCCGAGUACCCACUACACCCGGCUCCUCUAGACAGUGUCCUACAAAGCAUGUUCCCCUCGCUUCAUCGCGGAAAUCGCAGUACGCUAGACAGGCUACUCGUUCCCAGGGGUAUCAGUGAACUCACUGUCUCUGGUCACAUCUGGAAGUCCGCAGAGGCCGUAUCUGUGACCACAUGGAACAAUGUGUCGGGAGACGCGUCUUUGUACGAUCCUGCCAGUGGAUCCCUAAUCAUGCAGCUCAACCGCGUGUCAUUUUCCCCCUUGCUGGAUGGUCGAGAAAGCGUUUACAUGUCACAUAUAUAUAGUCAGUUGACGUGGAAGCCAGAUUUCCAACUUCUUGAUACAGACGAGAAGCUCCAACAAGCACUGUCCGGUGUUGAUGACAAUGCUGAGUGCCAUGUACAGGAGAUCCUCGAUUUGGCAGCUCACAAGGCCCCAAAUUUGAGGGUUCUCGAGUUCAACCUCUUGUCCGAAAGUAUGGACUCUCUGUGGCUUGCCGGAGAUCCAACACCGCGUCCGGUUCGAACUGCCCUUACCGAAUUCCACUUUGCUGCCAACAGCGCAGACACUGCGCUCGCCGCCCAAGAGAAAUAUGCAGAUUGGCCAGCGGCGCGAAUUGCCCGCUUCAGUGUGCUUGAUCCAUUCAGCAAAUCCUUUACUGUACCAGCAGGGAGUUCCAAGUUUGAUCUUGUGGUGAUCAGGUGGUCUCGACAUAGAAACACCGGCGAGCUCGAGACCCUUGCGGGCAACUUGCGCCGUAUCACUUCCGAGGGCGGCAGUGUGGUAUUCUACGAUCCCGAACAGUCCAGUCCGUUAGAGGGUAAAGGUUUGAUGAACGGAAAUAGCUUUUUUCACCCUGCACUGCAACGCUGUGGUCUCACCAAGGUUCGCCAGACGAUGGGUGGGAGUUGCAUCGUUGCAGAGGUCAGCCCCGAACAGACACCUUCACUCAACGACUAUGCUAGGGCGGUUGUUGUGCGUUUCUCAUCGGAGCGAGCCCCUUUAGUCAAUCAAACCAUUUCACAGGUUGGAGAACUUGGCUGGAGCUUGACUGAGAUCUGCAUCAAUGAUGAAUCCGGCCAUGGGCUUUCGAAACUUCCGCCCAAAUCAAAUGUGCUUGUUCUCGACGAGUUGGCUCAGCCUUUGCUUGCCACAGCAACAGAAAAUGAAUGGGCCGCUGUCCAGGAGAUAAUACACAGAGAGUGUAACUUGGUUUGGGUGACCCAGGGCUCGCAAAUCAAGCCUAAUGUGCCGCUCAAGGCCGUUGCCCAUGGUAUUUUUCGUACUGUCCGCGCCGAGGUACCCAUGAUUCGCAUUGUGACUCUGGAUGUUGCGUCAGCUACAACGGAGAGUCUGAGCACAAACGCGUCUGCCAUCAGUAUGGCUUUAAAGGAGAUAACCUCAGUGGAUACAUCUCAUCCAGUUGAGUGCGAGAUUGCUGAAAGAGGCGGUCUGUUGCACGUCAGCAGGGUAUGGCCGGAUGCUGGGGUGAAUAAACGCAAGGUGGAAGACAGCGGAGGAGGCCCGUCACCUGUGAUGACCGAUCUCCAUGACUCAAAGUCUACCAUUCGCUUGGUUACAAGUAGACCUGGUAGUUUGGAAGCGCUACAUUUCGCGGAGCAAGCUCUAGGUGGGCCUGCAGGUCAAGUGAUGGGAGCGGAUGAGAUCGAGGUCGAGAUAUUCGCCUCUGCUUGCAACACCAGAGACGUGGAUGUGGCUAUGGGCCAUAUCUCUGAGUCCUCGUAUGCACUCGGCUUAGAGGGUGCUGGCGUGGUCGUCCGCGUAGGCGGCUCCGUCAGCAGUCGCUAUGUCGGUCAGCGAGUAGCAGUGUUUGGUAGAGGCUGUUUUGCCAACCGAGUCACCGUCUCAUGCAAGACUACCUUUCCCUUGCCUGAUGAUAUGUCAUUUGAGGAGGCUGCAACGCUACCAGUCGCAUUUCUCACCGGUUUAUACGCACUUGGUCGUCUCGCACAUGUACAGGGGGACGACCGUGUCUUGGUCCAUUCAGCUUUUACAGAUGUCGGGAUCGCGUGCGUCCGACUCUGUCAACGUUCGGGUUAUGAUACUUUCGCGACGGUGGGCAAUCUGGAGCAGCGCGAUUUUCUGGCUCAGGAGCUUGGACUGCCAAAAGAUCAUAUCUUCAUGUCAGAGCCAUCAGCAUUUCCUCGCGCGCUACAUGACGCCACCAAGGGCCAUGGACUGGAUGUUAUUAUCAGUCAGCCUACAAAUGGCAAUCUGGACUAUGAGAACGCGCGGUUACUUGCCCCUGGCGGACGACUUAUAAUGAUAACAAACGGAGGCGCCGAUAUUGGCAAUUUGCUGUCGACAGGAUCACUCGCUCCCAACUGUUCUUUCCAGAGUUUGGAUAUAACAUCUUUACCAGAGAGAACCAUCCAAUCUGCGUUCUCCGAGCUGUCUCAGCUCAUCGCAGAUGUCAAUGUGCCACCCCUGUUACCCAGAACACUUUUGAGUUAUGAAGCGAUACCAAAGGCGCUUCGACUUCUUCGAGAAGGCACUCACAUUGGGAAGAUCGUUAUUUCAGACGACCGUGGCACGAAACUUGCAGUUCCGACACGACCUGCAACGACGUUGGCACAGAGUAUUCUUCACCCUGAUUACUGUUAUUUCUUUGUGGGAGGUUUGAAAGGUAUCUGUGGCAGUCUGGCCAUCCAUUUGGCCUACCAGGGGGCCAGGCACAUUGCCGUCAUGUCCCGCAGUGGGUAUGGAGACAAGGUAUCUCAGGGCGUCGCUCGAAACAUAAGAGCACUGGGGUGUUCUCUUGAACUGCUUCAAGGCGACGUCACUCGUAUCAGCGACGUCAGGCGGGCUUUCAGCCAAGUGUCGGUUCCCGUUGGUGGAAUCAUCCAAGGAGCCGCCGUAUUCAGAGAUCGGACGUUUGAAUCCAUGUCUCACGCUGACUACCACGCUGCUUUAUCGAGCAAGGUGACGGGCACGUCCAACCUACAUACUGUCUCUCUAGAAACGAAACAGCCGAUCUCAUUCUUCAUCAUGCUGUCUUCCAUCUCUGGUGUGAUAGGUCAAAAGGGACAAGCCAACUACGCUGGUGGUAAUGCAUUCGAAGACGCCUUUGCAGAGUAUCGGCGCGCAUUGGGACUGCCCGCUAUUAGCAUCAAUCUCGGACCUAUAGAAGACGUCGGUGUCAUUCACGGUAACGAAGACCUACAGAACCGGUUUGACGGAAGCACGCUGCUUAGCAUCAAUGAGGGUUUGCUGCGCCGAAUCUUCGACUACUCUAUCCUUCAGCAGCAUCCAGAUCCACAUCAACGUCUGAACCUCACCAGUCAAGGCCAAAUGAUUACCAGUCUACUUGUUCCUCAGCCUGAAGACAGCGAUCUGCUCAGCGAUAUCCGCUUUAAGGGCUUGCGAGUCCUGGGAGCGGAUGGUCCCCGUUCACGAGGGGACCAAAGCAAAGAUAGAGAGAUACAGAGCCUCUUGUUUCUGGCCCAAUCCCAGGGUCCCGAUCGUGCAGCCGUGCGAGCGGCAGCUAUCACAGUUGUGGGUGCGCGGUUGGCCAAGCAGCUUCGUUUAACUGAUGCGCUAGACUCGGCACGUCCCUUGUCGUACUACGGUUUAGACUCGCUGGCGGCUGUAGAGCUACGUAACUGGGUGCGUAUGACAUUGGGGAUAGAGCUCACCACAUUGGAUGUCAUGAACGCGGCCAGCUUGGGAGAAUUGUGUGAUAAGGUUAUCGGGAAACUGGGAGUUGCCAUGUAG